AUGGAAGUGCUGAGAGAUUUUGCGCGCAGUGAGCCUCUCCAUCCUCCCACAAGGCCUUCAACCCUCGCGCCCGCCACUUCUCUGCCGGCCGCCGCCGCCGCCGCCGCGUCAACCCACCGAGCCCUCCUCCGCGGCCUCAGCCCCAGCAAGCCCCUCCCGCCCCUCGCCGUCAAACUGCUCCACGGCCGCCUCCUCCGGCUCGACCUGCUCGCCGACCUCUCCCAUCUCCUCCUCCGCGCGCUCUUCUCCUCCGGCCUCCACCUCCACGCCCUCUCCCUGCACUCCCUCUUCCCCGACCCCUCCCACCUAACCUUGCCCUUCGCCCUCAACUCUGCCUCCCGUCUCCCCAACCCUCUCCCCGUCGGCGAGCAGCUCCACGCCCGCUCCCUCAAGCUCCCCUCCCACUCCAACCCCCACGUCCUCACCUCCCUCCUCAACCUCUACGCGAAAUGCGGCUUCUUGGACCGCGCGCGGGGGGUGUUCGACGAAAUGCGCUGCCCCAGCACCGUCUCCUGGACUGCGCUCAUCGCCGCGUACAUGAACGCCGGCCGCGACAAGGAAGCCGUCGCCGCUGCCAGGGAAGCGCUCGCGACCGGAAUGCGUCCGGACAGCAUCACAGCCGUGCGGGUCCUGUCGGCGUGCGCCCAGGCCGUGGACUUGGACACCGGGGAGGUAGCGUGGAGGGCGGCUGUGCGUGAGGGGAUUGCGACUCGUUUGUUCGUGGCUACUGCGGCGGUGAAUCUGUAUGUCAAGUGUGGUCAGAUAGCCAAGGCAAGGGAGGUGUUCGAUAAGAUGCCGGAGAAGGACGCCGUGGCUUGGGGUGCUAUGAUCGGGGGAUACGCUUCCAACGGUCACCCCCGAGAGGCUCUGGAGCUCUUCUCUGCGAUGCAGACUCGGGGAGUGAGGCCAGAUCGCUACACCGUAGCAGAUGCGCUCUCGGCAUGCACGCGGUUGGGGGCACUUGAUCUGGGGCGGCAAGCUGCUGGGGCGGUGGACUGGGAUGAGUUUCUUGACGACCCAGUUCUGGGGGCUGCUCUGCUCGAUCUGUACGUCAAGUGUGGGAGCACAUCUGAUGCGUGGUCAGUAUUCCAGCAGAUGAGAAAGAGGGACAUUGCUGUUUGGAACAAAAUGAUUUUGGGGCUCGGCACGACCGGACAUGGCAAGACCGCGUUUGCCCUUGUCGGACAGAUGGAGAAGUCAGGCAUCAAACUGAAUGACACUACUUUCAUCGGCAUUCUCUGCAGCUGCGCUCAUACUGGCCUUGUCAAAGAUGGAUGGCGCUACUUCCAUUACAUGGUUGAGCUAUACCACUUCACCCCUCGGAUUGACCACUACGGCUGCAUGGUUGACCUGCUCAGUCGCGCUGGGUUGCUCCAGGAAGCUCAUCGGCUUAUUAAUGACAUGCCAAUGAAGGCAAAUGCUGUCGUGUGGGGUGCGCUUCUUGGUGGCUGCAAGAUCCACCGAGACCCGGAGCUUGCAGAGCAUGUCUUGAAGCAGCUCAUCCUGCUAGAUCCCAGGAAUUAUGGAAAUUACAUCAUGCUCUCAGACAUCUACUCUAACAGCGACAGAUGGAAGGAUGCUAAGAUGCUCGGAUUGGACGUGAAGGCCAAAGGGGUCAAGAAGGUCUGUGCAUAUAGCUGGGUUGUGUUUACUGGUAAGGUGCACGAGUUCCGUGUUGGAGACAAAUCACAUCCUCUCACGGGUCAAAUUUACAAAAAGCUUGAUGAAUUAGGCAUGGAACUGAAGAACAUGGGUUACAGCCCAACUACCGAUGUGGUUCUGUUCGAUCUUGAAGACCACGAGAAGGAGCACACUCUAGUUCCUUACAGCGAGAAACUUGCCAUUGCAUUUGGCCUUCUCAGUACCCGGCCAGGGGAGCCCAUUAGGGUCACUAAUAACCUCAGGGUUUGCACUGACUCUCACACUGCUAUUAAACUUAUAUCAAGGAUAGCUCAUCGGGAGAUAAUUGUUCAGGAUAACAGCCGACUUCAUUGUUUCAGAGAUGGAUGUUGCUCUUGCAACGACUGCUGGUAGAAGUAGAAAAGUAGAUGCGUAGUUGCAAUUUUGAGCAGUUUUUAAGUCAUCUCUAUUUGGCUGGUAAAUGUGAUCUACCUAGAUAGAUUUACUUACAGAAAACUCUAGCAAAUUGAUGUUUCUCUCUGAAAUGUUUAUGCUGGAAGGAACCAGAAGGUACUGUUUUUUUUUCUUUUUCUUUUGCAUAGCUCUAAUUACAUAAGUUCCAAUGUUACUGACUAUUUGUGCCUCUCUUUACGUGUUAGGUUUAGUUGAUGGUCAAGAGUUUUAUGGCACAACUCAUGUCAUUCUCAACUGUGUAGGACUCUAUCUGUCCAAGUCUUAUACAGUGUACAUGGAAUCAUCUCCAUAUCGAUCAGAUGCACUUGAUCUGGGACGGCAAGCUGUCGGGGUGGUGGACUGAGGAUGAGUUUGAGGAUGAGUUUCUUGACAACCCAGUUCUUAGGGACUGCUCUGAUCAGUAGCUAGGCUAUUAAAAUCACUGGUGUGGGGAACUCUCCCUGUACUAGGGACGUUGUGCCGGUGGCCUAUCACUGUGCCGGCGCUGCGGACGCGCGGUUGGAUACGAAGGCGAAAGGGAUCGAGCCCCAAGGACGCCGCGGGCGCACGUCUGUGCUGGGGAUCCGGUCUCGUGGUCAGGUUGUGAACGUGGCAUCCAUAUUUCCAAUGCAAUUUUCUCCCCUUCUACUAAUCUAACUUGAAAAUUCAGCGUGUACACUUAUUUAUGUGGACGGAGGGAGUAUGUACCAAUU